AAGUUGAUUGAUUCAAAAUUGGUCAUCCAUUUCAUUCAAUCAACAUUCAACAUCUGAAUAUUUUUUCUUUUGUGUGUUUUUUAUCCAGUUUUUAUCCAUAAAAAAAAAUCAACCCUUUGGCAAUCAUGUUCAAAUAUAUUGUUGUCAUUUCAUCAAUGAUUGUUUGCUGUAUUGCUGGCGGAUAUGGUGGUGGUGGUGGCAGUAGCGGAUAUGGUGGCGGUAUGAGCCGUGGUGGUGGUGGAUAUGGUGGAGGUGGAAUGGGUGGCUAUGGUGGUGGCGGAGGAGGUGGUUUUGGUGGUGGUGGAAUGGGUGUUAUUCAAGCUGCAAUUCAAUCAAGACAUAAUGUACAAUUUUAUGAUGUUCCAUCAACCGGUAUGGUUAAUCCAACUACAAUCGAAGUCGGUGCACAAGCCAUUCCAGUAAAUAUGAUAUUUCGUUCAGCAUCAUCAAACCUGAAUGUACAACAAAUGCAUGAAGGUGCUGCAGGUUCACAACAAGAAUCACAAUCCGAAGAUGAACCACAUUAUUUGAAACAUACAGUUAAAAAACCAAUUCUACAAGAAGUUUAUGAAGUAAUUACACCAUACCGUAAAAUUACUCAAGAAAUUAAACCAGUACAAGAAGAUAUUCAAACAAUUAUUGCACGAAUGUCUGGCGGCGGUGGUGGUUAUGGUGGUGGUAUGGGAGGAGGCGGUGGUGGAUAUGGUGGCGGUAUGUCACGAGGCGGUGGUGGCUAUGGAGGUGGUGGUGGUGGUUCCAGAAAAGUUGCUUCUUAUGGUACAUCGGGUCCAGCUAUUGUUUCAGCUGCAAUUCAAUCUCGACAUAAUAUUCAAUAUUAUGAUGUUCCAACUUCACGUCAAAUAACACCAAUUAGUAUUGAUAUUGGUGCUAAUGUUAUUCCAGUUAGUAUGGUAUUCCGAUCUGCAUCAUCACAACUUAGUGUUGAACAAAAUCAUCUUAAUCAAGGUGGUAGUGUACAAGAAACAGCUAGUCAAGAUGAACCACAUGUAUUAAGACAUACUGUUCAUAAACCAAUCUUACAAGAAGUUCGUGAAGUUAUUGUUCCAAUGAGACGAAUUCAACAGGAAAUUCAACCAGUUCAAGAAGAAGUUCAAACUUUGAUUGCUCGUGGACGACAACAAGCUACACAGGUUGCUACUGUUGUUGCUGCUCCGGUCGCUACUGUUGCUGCCGCACCUGUUGCUGCUGCUCCAGUUGCUACUGUUGCUGCUGCACCUGUUGCUACUGUUGCUGCCGCACCUGUUACUACUGUUGCUGCUGCUCCAGUUGCUACAGUUGCUGCAGCUCCAGCUGCCGCUACUAUUGCCGCUGGUCCAGCUCUUGCAACUGGUCCUGCUUUUCUAAUUGCUGGUCCAGCUUUCACAACUGGUCAAACAUUUGCAACUGGUCCAGCAUUAGCUGCUGCUGCUGCACCAACUUUAGUUGCUGCUGGUCCAGCACAAUUUACUGGUUUUCUUGCACCAAAUUCUGGUUUUGCUACACUUGGUCAUCAUCAAAAAUUUUUAGCUGCUCCAGGUUUGACUGGAAAUAUUAAAUUUAAAAAAUAAAUUUUCAAA